GCGCCACAUUGUUGUCAAAUUUGUCUAAUGAAAACGUGGGCGCAACAAUAGAUCGAGAGGGAUCUGUAUCCACUGAAGAUCUCUCGAGGAAGUUAGUGUCUCACACUGGCUCCAGCAGCAAACUCUGCUCUCUCAGGCUCUCGGCUGAUCAUUGAGUUUAAAGUUAGUUUCGCAUUGCAUUCGAUGGAUUUUUGUCUUUUAAAAUUUGAUUUUAUUUGUGUCAAACGAAAGUUUAAUUUCUAAAAUAAAUAGUUUGUUUGGGCUGUUUGAGGACUGCGGGCAACAAGUUGAAGAACUCACUGGAAAGCGGACUUUCAUAAGCAAUCACAGGUGUUUUCUGAUCUCUUCUUGAACAUUGGCAUUCGGGCUGUGUUCUUCGUCAAGUGCUGAGCUUAAGAAAUUGGCCGGGUAUCGAUUCUGCCCAAUGCUUAUGAAACAUCUCCAAUCGAAGACGCACGUAUUUUAACCUAUCGAUCGACUUUUUGUUGAUUCGGAGAAUAUGGAUCUUCGUCCAGAGAUCCCACCUUCCUCCCAGGCAGGUUCGCAGGUUCAUCCGGGCGCCGCUGCUGCGGCCGCUGCCGCCUCCAUACCGGUUUCCAUGGCCAGUAGCCUCUUGAGGGGCCCGCCGCUGUUGCUUCGCGCUACGGAGAAGUAUCCACGAACGCCCAAGUGCGCCCGGUGCAGGAACCACGGGGUGGUGUCUGCGCUGAAGGGCCAUAAGCGCUACUGCAGAUGGAAGGACUGCAUGUGUGCCAAAUGCACUCUGAUCGCUGAGAGACAGCGCGUCAUGGCCGCUCAGGUUGCGCUCCGCAGACAGCAGGCGCAGGAGGAGAACGAGGCGAGAGAACUUCAGCUGCUCUAUGGCACAGCAGAGGGUCUAGCCCUGGCCGCUGCCAACGGCAUCAUACCUCCCCGGCAAAACUAUGAGGUCUUUGGCCCAGUUUCCAACGAAACAAACUCUGGAGAAUCAAACAUCCAAAAGUUCGAGUUGUUCACCAAGACGCAUUUACCAGGAUCGAUGACCUCACAGCAAGCGGCUGGAAAGUCCGUGUCCACAGACACCGAAUCCGUUCCAGGAAUGUCGUCUCCAGAUAUGCGUCACGGCUCGGGCUCGGAAAACGGUGACCGAGAGUCCCUCGUGAGUUCCCCGAUAGCCAAACCAUUAAAAGACGGCUCGGAGACGCCAGGCUCCAUCAGUCCACUUGGCUCAGACUCCGGCUCGGAGACGGAUAAAGACGACCAGGAGCCCUCGCCCUCCUCCACAGCAUCGCGACAGAUGAACGCCAUCGACAUCCUAACGAGGGUUUUCCCCAACCACAAGCGCAGCGUCCUGGAGCUUGUGCUUCAGGGAUGCGGUAAAGAUGUGGUGCAGGCCAUAGAGCAAAUCCUCAACAACAGCGGCCAAGCCAAGGGCCCAGAGGAGCCCUGGACUGCGGAGCGCAUGCUGCAGAGCGCACAGUCACACAUGUCCUCCACCCCGCGGCCUGUGUUACCUGGAACCAUGACGCUCAGCAACAGAUCUGCCUUCUCCCCUCUGCAACCCAAUGCGCCACACUUUGGUUCCGACCCGAGCACGUAUCCUCUCAGUACACAUUUGGGCCUGAACCCACUCCGCCUGGCAUAUUCAGCUCACAGCAGAGGCCUGGCCUUCAUGCCGUACUCCACCACAGGUCUGAUGCCAACACUGGGCUUCAGGCCGCCAAUGGACUAUGCCUUCAGUGACUUGAUCAGAGACAGGACUCUCUUGCAUAAAGAUCAGAGCUACACGAAUGGACUGUACGGUCCUCUAGUCAAUAACACUCCAGAGAAACAGUGAGAUAGUGUUUUCCAAAUGUAGACAAAAGUGUUUAAGACUCCCAGACCUGAAGAUUCCUCAUCCCUAAAGACUCGGGAGGCCUUGUGUUUCUGUAUAUAAAAUAUGUCUAGUUUAAUCACCAGGUAAAAAAAAAAAAAUGUGUUUGGUGGUCGUGGCUUCUUUGAAGUUUGUGAUUAAUCAAAAAAGAAAAUGGUUACGUGUAAAGGUUAAAGUAGUUUGGAUGCGUUACUGACACUGCCACAGCGCAAAAUGACCCGGGGUGAAUUACUUUAGACCUUUAGCAGAGUAACCAUAGUAUUUUCAAGUAAUGUAAAUUGUGUAUUUUAAAAUCCUUCACGUUUGUUACAAUCCAUUUAGAUUAUUUACCAAACGGAUUACGCCCCCGUGUGAUGAUCGUACAAUACUUUGCUUCAUCGUUUGAAAAAAAAAAGGGACUGUUCUAUAGCAUUAUUGUUAUUGUGGAAAGUCUAUACUCCAUCUUUUUUCUGCUCAGUGUCUGUAAAAUCGUGCCAUGUUUAUUCAACAGAACAGAAGUUCUUUUGGAUUCAAUAUGGUUACUGGCUCAAGUAGACAUUUGUGCUCCCUUUGUGAGUGAUAUAUAUUGUGUUUUACACGACGAAAUAAUGUAUAUUGCAUUUCUUGAUGAUAAGGUCAUAUUUGUCAAAGUCAUUUUCUCAACAACAAAAAAAAAUCAUCAAAAGGAAUCUAAAAAAAGAUGUAAAACGAUUGUUUGUUGGAUGAAAUUGCUGAGUUGAGACGUGUACAUUUCUCUGUGUAAAUUUUGCAGAAAAUAAAUGUUAUUUUAUUCUUA